GAAUAGUUGAACAUAUGGGUGUGGUUGUAGAAAUCCAACAAUUGGAUCAUUCAGCUACUGGUGGUGAUGGCUGGUCAAUGAAGAUUGGGGACGCUGAGCCCAUACUUGUUGAUUGUAGGCUUGGUGACAGCAUUAGCGUUAAUGGUACUUGUUUGACGGUAACUGACUUUGACACUGAAUGGUUCAAAGUUGGUCUUGCGCCUGAAACACUUCGAAGAACCAAUCUUGGUGAUUUGAAAAAUGGAAAUAAAGUGAAUUUAGAAAGAUCACUUGCAGCUAAUAUUAGAUUUGGUGGACAUUUUGUACAAAGCAUGGUCAUGAAUUUCCCGAUUUCGUCUGAUAUUGGAUCAUGUGCUGGAUAUUAUCAUAUCGUGCCAGGUCACGUUGAUACAACAGGAGAAAUAAUUUCGAUCACACCAGAAGUCAAUUCUCUUUGGUUCAAAAUUUCACCUGCGGACUCUAAAUACCUUCGUUACAUAAUUCCCAAGGGUUACAUUUGCCUAGAUGGUACCUCGUUAACUGUUUGCGAGGUAAAUGAUGCCGAAAAUUGGUUUAAUAUUAUGUUAGUUGCAUAUACUCAAAGUCAUAUUACGAUGCCUUUGAAAAAAGUUGGUGAUAAAGUUAAUAUUGAAGUUGAUAUGUUGGGUAAAUAUGUAGAAAAAAUUGUUGAGUCUAUGCUCUCGAGUGAAACUAAUGGAGUUGGCGGUUAUUUGGAUAAAUUGGUUACCAAUCAUUUGGAAAAAACAACUUCCAAGAAAAAUUUUGAAAGCAACACUGUUAAGAAGUAUGAAUCUUAA